UUGACAUACCCAAUUUGGUAGCAUAAAACAUAAUCGGGUCAACCAUGAUGUCAUAUCAUUAGCUUAAUUUUAAAAGUGACGUACCAUUUCUACACGAAAUUCGGUAGACCGAGCACCUAUUUAUUGUAUUUAGUUAUUUUUGUACGUCUAGUGUUUUAAAAUGUCGUACUUCCAAUCAAGAUACGCCGGUUCAGUGCCACCCCCACCUCUAGGCGACAAGUUGCGCCUCUACCAUGUAGACAUGAACCCAUACGGGCACAGGGUCCUGCUCAUCCUGGAGGCUAAGAAGACUAAAUACGAGGUUUACAAGCUGGAUCCACUGAGGCUGCCUGAUUGGUUCAGAACUGCAAAUCCUAGGCUGAAAAUCCCAGUGCUGGAAAUUCCAACGGACCAAGGAGACAAGUUCCUGUUCGAGAGCGUAGUGAUUUGCGACUACUUGGACGAAAAAUAUGGUAGAGGGCAGCUACACUCACGGGACCCUUACGUCAAGGCGCAGGACAGGCUGCUCAUUGAGAGGUUUAAUGAGCUUAUAAAAGGCAGUCUAGAGUGCUUCGACACAAACUUUGCCUACGGCAGUGAACAAAUCGUGCAAACCUUAGAUAUCUUCGAAAAAGAACUCACUGCGAGAGGUACGAAUUAUUACGGUGGUGACCGGCCCGGUAUGCUGGACUACAUGAUUUGGCCGUGGGUAGAACGGCUGUAUCUUCUGCGUUGCAUUAACGAGAGGAAAUUCGACGAGAAACGGUCGCUGUUCCCUAAUUUUGCCGAUUGGGGCGACCAGAUGCAGUUAGAUGAAGUGGUGAAAAAGCAUGCCAACUCUCCAGCCGAAUAUUUCGACUACUACAAGAACGCCAGAACACAUUCAAUGGGAUAUUAUCUUUGAAAAUGUAGACUUCAAAGUGUAGAGAAAGACACACACAAUUCACUAUAAGUAAUAGUAUUCAUGAGUUUAAAUCUAGGAUAUUUUAUUUCAGAGUCCACAGCAAGCUUCUCCGCAUAUCAUAUACAUACAAACGGAGUUUCGUUCUAAUUUUGAAACUACGUGUUGGAUUGUAAUGAAACUUUGCACAUAAAAUGACACGAGGUAUAUCUAUAUAUGUAAUUAAUAAUAUAUAUAGCUUUUAUUUAUAUAGCUCCAGAUAAAAAAAUAAACGAAAUACAGCUAAAACAAGUUUUGUAUGCAAACUUAAAUACGCUGUAUUUUUUUAACUAUGGUAUCUGAAGCUACAUAAACUAAUUACAGGCAUAGAUAUACCUUAUCUUAUUGUAAAUACAAAGUUUCAGAGCAAUCUAGCUAGUCGUUUGAAAAUGAGAGCGUAACUACGUUUGUAUGGAGAACCGAGCUGGCUGCGGACUCAUUAGAGUCAUUAGUCGCUUCGUCUAGGCCAUUCCGUUGAGGCCCGAUAAAUAUUAUCGGGUUAUAUGCUUCUGCCACUUUAGUUAGCAUAUAUUAUUGUGGGUGAUUUUCUUAAAUGUGUUGCUCUAUAGCUUUAGUAUUUUUCAAAUAGGAAGGGUACCAAAUCUACAACUACAACAAAGAUUUGGUGUUUUUA